CACGAGUUGUCGAGCGAGAUUCAUACUUCCUGGUUAGGCAUUCAGGAAAAAGUGAUUUUCGAAGCUUUUGUACUCGUCUGUUUCAUGGUAAAUAUAUAAAAUGUUAUGUGAUGGAUAUACAUUUAUAACGCUAUUUUUCCAACACAGUGGACCAAAGUAGAAGAAUCACCGAUGAUAACAUAGCUAAUACGGUCGCUAACCUACCGGCGCCACGUCACAACUCUUGAGGGAUACGUUUUGGAAAAAGCAAAGCAGUAUCACCGGAUUCAACUACUGUCAUCAUUGCAACUUGGACCAAAUAACGGCCGACCACUGCUAGCGAUUUCCCGUUGUCAUUCCUCAACGUAGCUAGUUAGUUCGGUGAACGGUUUUGGGUGGUGAAAAACAUCGAACCGUGCAAAAUGACGGUGGCGGCUUCAAACUGGGGUUUGAUCAUGAACGUGGUCAACAGCAUCGUUGGAGUGAGCGUGCUGACCAUGCCUUUCUGUUUCAAACAGUGUGGGAUAGUGCUAGGGACUUUGUUGCUGUUCUUCUGUUCGUGGAUGACCCACCAGUCAUGUAUGUUUCUGGUCUACACGGCCAGCAGCACCAAACGCAGGACCUAUGCUGGCCUAGCUUUCCAUGCCUACGGCAAACCAGGCAAAACACUGGUGGCGACCAGUAUGAUCGGUCUGAUGUUGGGGACCUGUAUUGCCUUCUAUGUCGUCAUCGCUGACCUGGGCUCUAAUUUCUUUGCCCCGUUGUUGGGCCUACCGCCAUCACCCGGCCUCCCCGCGCCAUCACCCGGCCUCCCCGCGCCAUCACCCGGCCACGCCGCGCCAUCACCCGGCCACGCCGCGCCAUCACCCGGCCACGCCGCGCCAUCACCCAGUCUAUUCAAGAACGUACAAGAAGGUGUCAUUCGGUUUCCGUGUGCUGCUGCUGAUGGUGGUGUCUCUGUUCAUCGUUCUGCCUCUCAGUCUGCAGAGGAACAUGAUGUCAUCUAUCCAGUCCUUCUCUGCCAUGGCCCUCAUGUUCUACACGUUCUUCAUGUUCACGUGUCUAUGGUUUGGAGGCAAUGGGGUUUACAGUUGUUGUUCAACCUCUGCCCCCCUCAACUACCAUCUUCUGAUGUGGAGGAUGCUGUUGGAGCUCUCUCUCUCUGGUCCUCUGGAGCUGGAUAUGGGAAGCAGCUACACACCAUGGUGCUGUUUUCAUUCAAACGUGGGCUGCUCAGUGGCUUGUGGCUGAGUCGGGUCAGUAUGGUGUGCUGGGACGGCAUCUUUCGCUGCCUCCCUAUCUGUGGCAUGGCCUUCGCCUGUCAGUCGCAGGUGUUGCCUACCUACGACAGUCUGGACGAGCCCUCCAUCAAACGCAUGAGCACCAUCUUCACCACCUCCCUCAACAUCGUCACCACCUUCUACAUCACGGUGGGAUUCUUUGGCUACGUCAGUUUCACGGAGGACAUAGCCGGUAACGUUCUGAUGAACUUCCCUUCUAACCUGGUGACUAAGACGAUCCGGGUGGGCUUCAUGAUGUCAGUGGCGGUGGGCUUUCCCAUGAUGAUACUGCCCUGUAGACAGGCCAUCAACACCAUGCUGUUCGAACAACAGCAGAAGGAUGGGACAUUUACUGCAGGGGGGUACAUGCCUCCACUGCGCUUUAAGAUGAUCACCUUCGCCAUCGUCUUCGGAACAAUGCUGGGAGGCAUCCUCAUCCCCAAUGUGGAGACCAUCCUGGGUCUGACUGGAGCCACCAUGGGCUCUCUCAUCUGCUUCAUCUGCCCUGCCCUCAUCUACAGAAAGAUCCAGAAGAAUGGACUCACCGCACAGUUGGUGUUGUGGGUUGGGUUAGGCAUCUUGCUGGUCAGCACCUUCACCACGGUGUCAAUCUCAGCCAUUGACUCCACCCCCAAGCAUGCCCCUCCUCCCCCUGCAGCUGACAAGAAUGCCAUCUUGCGAGUCCUUCCUGACAUGGCUGAUUUACUGAACGCAGUAGAGAAGCCGGUGGUAGCGAAACAGCCUGAGGUGAAGCCUGUGUUGGUGGAGAGGCCUAAAGCCCCUGCUGAUGUAGAGCCAGUCCGUCCAGUAGAGAGACAGCAGGAACAGGCUGAGCCCCCCCAGAUCAAAGGACCUGAACAAGGAGUUCCAGACAGGAAGGAGGAGGAGAAAGUGCAGCUGGACAGCCCUGAUGCAGGUGUGGCAGUACCUGACGGGGAGGCCCAUCGGCACGAGCCGCCCAUCCCCCAUGAUGAGGUCCAGAUAGAGAAGAGGAAGAAUGACGCAGAGCUGGAGGAGGAGAACCAACCUACAGCAGGAGGAGAAGAUUCUGAGGGUCAGGGAGUGGCGGACCAGGAAGAGGUGAAUAAUAAAGAGGGAGGAGAGGAGGAGAAACUUCCUUUGUUGGUGAAAAAGGAGGACGUGGGAGGAGCCGAGGUGCAGUCCAAUGAGGUGCUGGAGAAGCCUGACCCAGGAGCGGGGAAGAAACAGGAAGUCCCACCCCUAAAGCAAGUGGAGAAACUUGCCCUAGUGAAAGAGGUGCUUGUUGGGAAGGAUGUGAUGGCUGAGCAGGCGCUGGUUGACGCGGCCAAAGCCCCAGAGGCUGCUGGGAAACGUGAGCCGGCGGCCCCAGUUGCUGAAGCAGUGGUUCCCGUGGCAGCAGAGGGGGCUGCUGUUCCAGAAGUGAAGGAGAGAGGAGCGGAGGACAAGAUGGAUGUGAUAAAAAAGCUGGUUGCAGAGGGUCAGUUGGAGCAUGCUGCUCUGCUGCAGGUUAUAAAGGAGCAGCAGGAGCAACAGAAGAGGCUGUUGGACCAGCAGGAGAAACUUCUGGCUGUCAUAAAGGAGCAGCACCAGGAGAUGCACCCCAAAAAGACAGAUGGAGCUCCAGAGGCCGACGCAGAGAAGGGGGUCCAGGAGGAGGGGGGAGCAUCCAAACCCAAAGGCCCAGCUCAAGGGGGUCCUGCCCUGGCCUCAGACACCAUGGAGCCCGCUGGAGCUCCACAGCCUGGAGGGGCCGAGCCUCACAUCCAGCCCCAAAAUGAGGUCCUCCCUGUGGAGAAGAGUGCAGAAGAGCAGGUCUUCAAAGUGGUUGCCCCUGUUAUCACCAAGGAAGGAGUACUCCAGGAGGUCCCUAAACGGCCUGUUUUGGCUGAGGCAGCAAUCGUGGCAGGGGCAGCGGUGGAGGCCCCUAAGGAGAGGGACCUUGUGGCUAGGGGAGUACCGCUGGGUCAGAAGGUGACAGGGGGGAUGAAGGUAGAACCAGCCCAGCCGCCACCUGCCAAAGCUGAGGACGGGGUAGUUAAAGGAGGGGUGGAGGUAGUGGACAAGGCGAAGGAGAGGAUGGAGAGACUGGAGGAAGUGAGGAUUGAUAGAGCGGUGCAGGGGAGAGUGGAGGAGGAACGGUUGGAGAGGGAGAGGAGAGAGAAACGGUCGAGAGAACAGGAGAUAGAAAAAUCCAGAGUAGAGGAGGAGGGAAUAGAGAAUGAGAGGCUGGAAAAGGAGCGAGCAGAGAGGGAGAGAGCAGAGCGAGAGAGGAUCCAGUGGGAGAAGACGGAGAGAGAGGUGAUGGAGAGAGCAGAGAAGGAGAAAAAGGUCCAGGAGCAGGAGGAGAAAUUGGCACAGCUGGAGAGCGCCAUCAAGGCCCAGGAGGAGCAGGCUCUGGCUGCAGGAUUAGGAGAACCAGGAUUAGGAGAAGAACUAGGGGCUGUGAAGAAGAGUGGAUGGGACCUGAAGGAGAGGGCGACUGUCCAGUCAGACUCCAGCGACGUUGUUGAAGAGAAGACCCACAAAGGCCAGGACCAGGGGGUCCAGAAGAAGGCUAGGGACCAAGGGGACAUGGACCUGAGAAGGAGGAGGAGAGCCCUGGGGGUAGGGGAGGCUGGGGGUUCCAGGAGGGGUGUGCCGGGGCUGGAGCCCUUCUUGGACGGGGGGUGGGAUCUCCAUGCAGCCCUGGAGGGACCGCUACUGGGGGGAGCACUGGUACACACACGCCAGAUAAAACAGACCUCUGAGCUUGAGAAAGACGAAUAACUGGGACUUGGUAAUGGUAUACACGCACGGACAGUUGGGUUGGACUGUGCAAAUCCCUAUAUUCACACACUCGCAUACAGUUGGUUAGAAUGUUCACAUCCUAUUCUCUCUCACACACACACACGUAUGUACAGUGGAUCGUUAUACACGCAUUCAUACGAUUCACAACACACACUCUUUCUCUCCCACACAUAGUCAUGUACCAUAGAUCACACAGCCUUACCACCUGUCUUCAUAAUACCUGACCAGUACAGGAGGAUUGUGUGUGUGUGAGGUGCAUUGAUUGUUAUAGGGAACAUUCUGGCUGCGUUUACACAGGCGACCCAAUUCUGAGCUUUUUCCCAAUUAUUGGCAAAAGAUCUGAUUGGUCAAAAUACCAUUUAUUGGCUGAAGAUACAUCAGCAUUGGGCUGCCUGUGUAAACAGCCAGUGUCUUCAUUUGACCCUAGUCUGUGUUCUUCUACCAAAUAGGAAUGCUUUUUUUUAACAUGCUCCUUCCAUGAUUCCAGAAGACAUUGCAGAUAUAGUGAUGAUAAAUAUAUUGUAAUAAUGAUCAAAUAUAUUGUAGACUAUUCUAUAAUAAUAUGCUGUAUUAUGCUGCCAUAAAUCUAUAUUUGUAUGUAAAUAUUAACUUAUUUUAGUUUUUUUAUUAAGAAGCUCAAUGCUAUACUGUAAUGUAUGUUAAGCUAUGCAAUACCACAUGCCAAGUUUCCUUUUGUCCUGUGUGUUUGAGAGAGCAAUGCACCAUCUAUCCGGCUAGCCAAUGACUGCAUUUGAGUCACUUUAAAUCCCUUGAUACUUCUAGGUGAUGUGGAGUUUUGGUUUUGGCUCUGUAGAGAUUACUUGUGGUUGUUUUUGUUACUGUAGUGCUUUUGUUAAGUCCUUUGAAAUGUAUGUUAGUUAUUGUGAGCUGUAAAUAGUGUAUACAUUAUAUUGUCUGAACUUUGCUAAAUGUUCUCAUGCUGCUUUUUUUUACAUAUUUUUGGAAAACAUUCAUAGUACAUUUAAUUAAGGAUCAAUCGGUUAGCUUCCUUGCUUACAGUUUCAUCUCGAUUUUAAACCAGACUUCCAUUUUGAUGAGUACAAACGGAUACUGUAGUGCUGUAUAGUAUAGCCUUAUUUCUACACUGACUGGUCAAAACAUUAAGAACACCUUCCUAAUAUUGAGUCGCACCCCCUUUUGUCCUCAGAACAGGCUCAAUUUGUCAGCGCAUGGACUGUCGAAAGUGCUCCACCGGGAUGCUUCCCACAGUUGUGUCAAGUUGGCUGGAUGUCCUUUGGGUGGUGGGCCAUUCUUGUUACACACAGGAAACUGUUGAGUGUGAAAAACCCAGCCGUGUAGGAGUUCUUGACACAAACCGGUGCGCCUGGCACUAAAAGGCCUAGAAAUCCUUCUUUAACCUGUCUCCUUCCCUUCAUCUAAAAUGAUUGAAGUGGAUUUAACAAGUGACAUCAAUAAGGGAUCAUAGCUUUCACCUGGUCAGUUUGUCAUGGAAAGAGCAGGUGUCCAUAAUGUGUUGUACACUCAGUGUAAUGUACAAUUCCCAAACGUUUUACCCACAAAGGAGUUCUGAAUCCAUAGCUCUGGUUCUACAUUCCAUGUUCUGGUUCUACUCUCUCUCUCCACCAGUGCCUUUCAUACAUGUGAUGUUUUCCAUGACUUAAAGUAAUGUGGUUAUUUUGUUUAGUCAUAUCCUGUGUGUGUGUGUGGGUGCCACUGCUUUGUGCCUUUUAUUGUAACAGUGAAAUGAAUGGGUCAAACUGAGUAACUGUAUUGAGAUGUAAAUGUAAGUUUCUUUAACCCUGACUGAAUUUUUCCUAAGAAGUGGCUUCUCUAGCAGUGACAGAAUGGAAGCAAAAUACUGGAAUACUUGUAGAGGUGGUUUAUUUAUGCGAGUUAAUUGUCAUCUCUCGCUCUCUGUUCUUGUAGCAUUUGAAACAGUGGCUUUGACUUCUACACUGGUGCACUGUGCUGUGGCUACUAUAAGGACAGUGAAUGAAAUGGACUCCACAGAGAGGACAUCAAGUGGCUUCAUAACUGCUCAUGACUUUUUUAGAAUAAGAGUUUAUUUUUCUGUAAAGCUCUCAACUCAUUGUAUUUUUUGAAAAUGUGCAAAAUAUUAAACUUAAACUUAACUGCUUGUUAAAA